CAACCUUUCUUCCUGACGCGCAGGUAUCGCUUCCAUAUACACGCGCGCUUUCCUACGAGCAGUCAGAAGCUGCUGAUAUGUUAAUUUGAAAAUCUAGGACACUGCAAAUCUGUAAAUAAGUUAUAAUUUGUUGUAGACAUUGAAAUGAUGGCGAAGCGAACAGCGCGACAGAGGAGCCAGAUGCCCACCUGUUACUAUGAAGGAUACCUGGAGAAGAGGUCGUUCAAAGAUAAGACUUCUCGGAAACUGUGGGCCUGCCUGUGUGGAAACACUCUGUUCUUCUUCAACGAGAAGAGAGACAAUGAUUACAUAGAGACAGUGGAACUCAGUGGCAUGAUCUCAAUAACAGACGACGGCAGCCAGGAUCGUAACCUUGACGCAGCCAAAUUCAACCUCCAGAUGAAGGAUAGAAAUAUCAAAUUAACUGCUCCUAAUGCCGAGACUCGUGAGCUGUGGAAGGGCUUUAUCCGCUCUGUUGCUGAGCUGUCGGUACCGUCCUCCCUCAACCUGCUACCAGGCCAGGUCCACAUGCUGACGGAGGCCGUAGAAAAGGAAAAGGAAAGAAUGAAACUUGCUGCUGAAGCCAUUAAGUCCAGCUCCUACGUCACCUUGCAGGCAGAGAUGCCAGCCUGUUACCAUGCUGUGUCCCGUCUGGAGGCAGAGCUGCUGCUCGAGAGACAAUCCAAGAGAGGAAACCUGCUGCUGAGGCCAGGGAGGAACGUAAACUCCUUCGCUGUCACCACCAGACAGGACUUUGAAGGCUCUGUAUUCAGACACUACCGCGUAAAUCGUAAACCUGGCGGCGGUUUUGCUAUUGAAGUUGACAAUCCUGUCCCCUGUGCCACACUUCAUGACGUGGUCAACUAUUUAGUGGAGAAAACGGACCGAGUUUUGAUUCCUCUCAGCAUCGAGGAAGCCUAUGACAAAAAUAUCUCCUAUAUUCAGUCUGAUAAUGAAAAUGGAGAGCGGUGCGUUCGGCAGGCCCCGCCAAACCUCAUCCCACCAAGUGUACCCCCCAAACCAGUCACUCUAAGACCAACCCCUCAUCCAGAGCCAGAACCAAUCGAGGAGGAGAACAUUUAUCUAAAUGAACAACCUGAGGAGAAAGAGUUGGAGGAUUCCUCAGCCGUGCCCCUGCCACAACUGGAGAAAAAAGCUACGAAGAAAGCAAUCAUGCCUCCGAAUCCAACUCCUGUUCCUCGCAACCAGAGCACAGCAUCAUCAACUACCUCCUCUUCCUCCUCCACAAAGAGCACUCUGAAAUCAAGCGCUUCCGCACCACAAAUUUCCUCAUCAAACAUCCGGGAUCAGAAGUUGAGGAGACGCACAGAGCCUGCUGGACAGAUUCCCUUUGCUGCCUUGUCUGAGCUGAAACUAAAGCUGGAACAGAAGGCCAGGUGUCAAGAGUGACCUCUCCUGUGGGAUCCUCUCAAAGCAUCUGUGAAACCCACCACCACCAGUGACUCAAACCAGAACAGACCCCUCGCCAGUCUGUGUGCUCCAACACAUGGGAGUGUAGAGCAGCUGCUUCCACACAAACAGGCUCCUUCCUCCGCUUCAUCGAGGCUCUGCUCCUCGUCAGCUGGCUGUCGGCAGCAAAGCCUCUCCGAAGAUUAACACUUUAUUGAUUCACCCGUCUAAGACACUCAUUAGCAGAUGAAUCAGCUGUAACGAGGGGUGUACAUGUCACGUUAGCCUCACCCUGUUUCCCUUGUACAUUUAGCACAUUUACCAAUGAAUGCCCUCCCCCCCCCCCCCCCCAUCAGAUUUGAUAUGUUGUUGUUUUAUAGGGUAAUCAACUUUUGAAUUGGAUUGUAUAUAUUUUUAUAUAGCUAAUUUAUAAAUCUAUAGUCAAAUAAAUGUAUUACUGCCUCUCUUUUCAGUGAACUGUGAAUGAAGAAGAGUUGGGAGGCUAGUGUGACUAUUGAAGGCAAAUGUAAAAGUAUCACAUCAAAUUAAAUACAUGAACAACCUACUUUGAGUAUGUGCUAUGCAACAGCUAGAAAUCAGUUUUAUGAUCUUCUGUAUCUACUUUGUUUCCCGUGUAACGACAGUUUUUGUUAAAUAAAGCAGACAUCUGUUUCUGA